AUGAGCCUUAAUGCAGCUAAGGUUGCGCCAGAGGCGGCGCCCGGGCGGGAGGCGGGGCAGGAACCGGGGCCCGUAGCGCAGGGGCCGGAGGCGGGGCCGGGGCCGGACUCGGAGAGCUGGCCGCAGCCGCCGGCAGGGCCCGGCUCCGAGCCUCUCCCGGCUGCAGAGCCCGAGCCGGAGCCGGUCUCGGCGUCGGGUCCGGGACAGGGGCUCGAGCUGGGCUGGGCUGCGGGGCAGCGCGCAGGGGCCCCGCCGGAGUCGCAGCCUCUGCCGGCGUCGGAGUCUGAGAACGGAGUGUCCGAGAGGCCCCGCUGCCACACCGACGGCCUGGAGGUGCCGCUCUCCCGGGCCUUCCGGCGGCUGGGAUGGGAGGUGGGCUCGCACCCCUGGAUCUUCUUUCUGCUGCCCAUGGUUUUAACGGCCGUCCUCGGCGCUGGCCUGAUUCACCUGCCCAAGGAAGAAGAAGACGUCGAGGAGCAGUACACCCCGAUAGGGAGCCCCGCCAAGGCUGAGCGACGCUUCGUGCAGGGACAUUUCACCGCCAACGACUCCAAUCUCUUCUCCAUCGCCAGGAAGAGCACCGGGGUCAAUUAUGCUUCCAUUCUAGUGGUCUCCAACACCAACUCGCUGCUGGAACAAGAAAUCUUAUCAGAAAUUAGUGAAGUGGACGACGCGGUUCAGGCUUUGACUGUGACACAGGCAAACGGAACCCAGAUCCUCUACAAUGAGGUGUACUCGAAGAACCAGGGCUACUGUGUACCGUUCCACCCACUCUUGUUCGCCUGGAAAACGAACAGUGUCCUCAACCUGAAAAACAUCACCUUCCCCAUCUACAGCCUAGCCGGCCAAGUCGUGUACCUGGCCAACAUCCUUGGAGGAACUGUGUUAGGCAAGAGCAUGGGACUGAGCCAGUUACUCCUGGAGGCCAAAGCCAUGCGGCUGCAGUACUACCUGAAGACUGGCGAAGGAGAGGACAGCGAACGCAGCAAGGCGUGGCUGAUCCACUUCCUGAACCAAGUUGGCAACCUUGAAAAGAGUCUGGCCUUGAAGAAGAUCCAGAUGGUCUACUUUACAUCACUUUCUAGACAACUGGAAUUUGAGCCAACUUCUAUGACAGUGGUCCCCUUGUUUCACUUGGCAUACCUUCUAAUCAUAUUAUUUGCAAUCACAUCAUGCUACAGGUGUGACUGUAUACGAAACAAAAUGUGGGUUGCAGCCUUUGGAGUGAUUUCUGCUGCCUUGGCAGUGGUGAGUGGCUUUGGCCUGAUGUUGUACAUUGGGGUGCCAUUUGUGAUCAUAGUUGCAAAUUCACCAUUUCUUAUUCUAGGCGUUGGGGUCGAUGACAUGUUUAUCAUGAUUUCUGCCUGGCAGAAGACCAACCUCAUGGAUAGCAUAAAAGAACGGAUGUCCAAUGUCUAUUCAAAAGUGGCAGUGUCCAUUACAAUCACCACCAUCACCAACAUCCUGGCCUUCUAUACAGGAAUUAUGACCUCUUUCAGGUCCGUACAGUACUUCUGCAUCUAUACAGGAACAACCCUUCUCUUUUGUUAUUUUUAUAACAUCACCUGUUUUGGAGCAUUUAUGGCCCUGGAUGGUAAUAGAGAAGUAGUUUGUCUAUGCUGGUUGAAGAAACCAGAAACUCCUGACCAAAAAUGUUCCUCGUUAAAAAAGCCCUGCGGCCUCCCAUGUAAUUCUCUCCGAGACAAACAUAAAGCUGAUAUCCGCCCAAUGAAUUUGUUCUUUAGAGACUAUUUUGGUCCUUUUCUCACAAGCACUGAGUCCAAGUUUUUGUAGUGCUUGUAUACAUUUUGUACAUCAUAAGUAGUAUAUAUGGGUGUUUCCAAGUGCAGAAAGGUUUAGACCUCUGAAAUUUGGCAAGUGAUGACUCCUACAUCACACCGUAUUUUAAUGUAGAAGAAGAACAUUUUUCAACUUAUGGUCCCAGGGUUAUGCUUAUUGUUACUGAAGCUCUUGACUGUUGGGAAGGAGAUGCUAGGCAAAAAUUGGAAAAAUGUCUUGUAGAUUUUGAAAACAGUGACUAUGUAGAUUAAAAUCUUACAGAGUUUUGAUUACGAGAAUAUGUGAAAU